GCCGGCGGCGGCGGCGGCGGCCGAGCGGGGUCAGUUCUGUGUAGUGCUUGCCAAUGUUGGAGCCGUCUGCAAAGUGUCCCUGGCAAGAAGAUGUUCUCAGUGCAACUGAGUCUUGGUGAGCAGACAUGGGAAUCCGAAGGGAGCAGUAUAAAGAAGGCCCAACAAGCCGUUGCUAAUAAAGCUUUGACUGAAUCUACACUUCCCAAACCAGUUCAGAAACCACCGAAAAGUAAUGUUAAUAAUAACCCAGGUAGUAUAACUCCAACUGUGGAACUGAAUGGGCUUGCUAUGAAAAGGGGAGAGCCUGCCAUCUACAGGCCAUUAGAUCCAAAGCCUUUCCCAAAUUAUAGAGCUAAUUACAACUUUCGGGGCAUGUACAAUCAGAGGUAUCAUUGCCCAAUGCCCAAGAUCUUUUAUGUUCAGCUGACUGUAGGAAAUAAUGAAUUUUUUGGGGAAGGAAAGACUCGACAAGCUGCUAGACACAAUGCUGCAAUGAAAGCCCUUCAAGCACUGCAGAAUGAACCUAUUCCAGAAAAAUCACCUCAGAACGGCGAAUCAGGAAAAGAAAUGGAUGAUGACAAGGAUGCGAAUAAAUCUGAGAUCAGCUUAGUGUUUGAAAUUGCUCUGAAGCGAAAUAUGCCUGUCAGUUUUGAGGUUAUUAAAGAAAGUGGACCACCACAUAUGAAAAGCUUUGUUACUCGGGUGUCAGUGGGAGAGUUCUCUGCAGAAGGAGAGGGAAAUAGCAAAAAGCUCUCCAAGAAGCGUGCUGCCACCACUGUCCUACAGGAGCUUAAGAAACUUCCGCCUCUUCCUGUGGUUGAAAAGCCAAAAUUAUUUUUUAAAAAACGCCCUAAAACAAUAGUAAAGGCUGGACCAGAGUAUGGUCAAGGAAUGAACCCCAUUAGCCGCCUGGCUCAAAUUCAACAGGCCAAAAAGGAAAAAGAGCCAGAUUAUGUUCUGCUUUCAGAAAGAGGAAUGCCUCGACGUCGGGAAUUUGUGAUGCAGGUCAAAGUAGGCAAUGAAGUUGCUACUGGAACAGGACCUAACAAAAAGAUAGCCAAAAAAAAUGCUGCAGAAGCAAUGCUGUUACAGCUUGGUUAUAAAGCAUCCACUAGUCUUCAAGAUCAACUUGACAAGACAGGGGAAAACAAAGGAUGGAGUGGUCCAAAGGCUGGGUUUCCUGAACCAACAAAUAACACUCCAAAAGGAAUUCUUCAUUUGUCUCCUGAUGUUUAUCAAGAGAUGGAAGCCAGCCGCCACAAAGUAAUCUCUGGCACUACUCUAGGCUAUUUGUCACCCAAAGAUAUGAACCAACCCUCAAGCUCUUUCUUCAGUAUAUCUCCCACAUCGAAUAGUUCAGCCACAAUUGCCAGGGAACUCCUAAUGAAUGGAACAUCUCCUACAGCUGAAGCCAUAGGUUUAAAAGGAAGUUCUCCUACUCCCCCUUGUUCUCCAGUACAACCUUCAAAACAACUGGAAUAUUUAGCAAGGAUUCAAGGCUUUCAGGUUCACUACUGUGAUAGACAAAGUGGCAAAGAGUGUGUGACCUGUCUGACAUUAGCCCCUGUGCAGAUGACUUUCCAUGCUAUUGGAAGCUCCAUUGAAGCCAGCCAUGACCAGGCAGCUUUAAGUGCCUUGAAACAAUUUUCUGAACAAGGACUGGAUCCAAUGGAAGGGGCAAUGAAUAUUGAAAAAGGUUCUCUUGAAAAACAAGCCCAGCAUCUGGGAGAGAAAGCGGACAAUAACCAGACACACCCGGGCUCCAUCGCUCAGGACUGCAAGAAAUCAAAGUCGCUCAUCUAGCAGCUCCCAGAACCGCGGCUGCCACCGCAUCCUUAUAAACCUGUCAGCACGCAUGAGGGUGUCUGUGUUCAAGGAAAUGAAUGACUAAUACCAUUAUUUGAGUCUUACGUGAAGACAACACUAUUCUAACACGAGAGAUAAUAUACAUAGCACUGUUUACUCAACUGGGGAAAAAUAAAACUUUGAGCGUUUCCCUUGGAACUUGAGAUCAGAUCAUAACUCAUUGGCCCAGAGGCAGCAGAAAUCUGAUCCUGCUACUGGAGCUUAAAAUAACAGUUAGUGAGAAGUGUUAGAAACAGAGGUAAAAAUUUUAAAUGAUUAAUAGAGAAAUUGGGUUUGGUUCUGUUGUUAUGAUUGUUUUGUCGUGGCGCUUGUGUUCAGUUCUCUCUCUCUCUCUCUCUCUCUCUCUCUCGUUUUAAAUAAUGCUUGAUGAUUCAAAGAUUAACCAAUGACGUGCUGUGGAAUGUGAUGGUUGUUGUCUUCAUAUAGAGUCACGCGGUUUCUCUUUUUAUGCCGAUAUUUGUAAUCUUCAUCCUGAGUAUCAAUAUGAGUAACUUGAAGGCGCACGCCUCAAAGAUGUAUGCAAACAAGCAAGGUUUAAAUCAGGUCAGAUAUUUUAUUUAAGAUACGAAAUAACGUUAGCAACAACUAGUUUCAAUAUACUCCAGGCAUCGAGCGAAACCAGCCCGCUGUGGGUUCUGAGCUCCGCAAUACUAGGAGCCACUAAGGAGGCGUCUUGCCUCCACACCCCAUUUCUCUGGAUUCCACGUUCUGCCGUGGAAAUCGCACCCAGCCUCAUCCGUGUGUCGUAGCCAC